UCACGUAGAUUGCACAUACUCGUUGUCGCAUAUAAGUGUACUAACAUCGAGACGCAAAUAAUUGGUAAACGGUGCGAAACAGGAUCGAAGAAGGUUGAAGUUUGCCAAUGAUUUGAUUGUUGCGAGGAAAUCUCAUCGUAUUCUGGGUGGUUUUCGUUUGACAGUGUUUAUACUGGUGAUAAUACGAGUGAUAGUGACACAACAAUGUUUGUGAUUAUGGAUUGUUUUCGCCAGUAGCGGACGUGCACAAUUUCUUUAGUCACUUUGUUUAGCUGACCGUCGAACAUAAACGAGCCUGACCCAUCAGAUCCUGGUACCGAAUUCGUGGCUCGUUCGCCAGCAAUUUUCUGUUCCCGACCUGUGGAGAAGAAAAAAAACGGCGUCCGUCGUCGUUCCUCAAGGGUAGUCGGCCGUCCUUUACGCAGUUUUCCUUCGCUUCAGAUUUCGCACGCCAUUCAAACGUGCGGCGUAAGAAGGCAACGCUCGUCACGGGUGAAGGUUUCAAUCUUUCGCAGGCCGAUUGCUGAAAUCGGGCUUACGCGGCCAAACGGACGGGAGAUUCGUCUCACUAUCUUUAAUUAGAGAUCUGUGAUGUACAAGUUCGGCAGUGCGGGAAAAAUCGUUACGUCCACGAUUAAUUUCGUACACUCGAAAAGGAAAGGAAUUUUCAUAUACCUAAAAAAGAUGUACAAGGACUCAAUAAGUCUUCGAAGUAAUACGAAUCUAACAACAUUUCGAUUACACUGAACACCUUGACCGUACGACUGAGAAACGAGGUCAAGUUUUGUCGAAAAAAGAACGCGUUAAAGGUCAUCUAAAGCUCUUAACGUAAUGGAGCAUUAAUGACUACAGCAUUUCACUGAGAGAUGCACCAAGGACGUCCAGUACAGGGACACUACAGAAUUACAACAUACAAGGUAAACUGUUGAUGUUGACAAGAUGAAAUUGCUGGAGAGUACACGCUUCGAAGCUAUAAACAGUGCUUUGUCCAUCAAGACUGGAGACAGUAAAAUAAUAGGCAGAAUAGAGAGCUACUCCUGUAAAAUGGCUGGAAAUGAUAAGCAGCUCUAUAAACGUUUCAAUUCCGAACAAGGCUUUACUCCACAUGAUCUUCAAGCUUUGUCACCACCGCAAACCACCUUGGGGACAUCACCUGCUCAAGGGUAUUUUAGCCGCAGUGUUUCCGGUGAUGAAGAUGGUCCGCUAUGUGAUACAAUCAGUAGAAAAACGCUGUUCUAUUUGAUUGCCACAUUGAAUUCAGCUUUCCAUCCAGAUUAUGAUUUUUCUGAUGCCAAGAGCCACGAAUUCAGUAAAGAGCCGAGCUUGCAAUGGGUCAUGAACGCUGUAGACAGUAAUCUGAGUGCAACCGCGGGAGAUCAUUAUCGCACUCUCCGAACGGCGCUUUGGGCCGCCAUCGAAGAUGAAAUAUCGUUGAGCGAAUGUGAUAUUUAUAGUUACAACCCAGACUUUGCAUCUGAUCCAUUCGGAGAGGAUGGAUGCUUGUGGUCUUUUAAUUAUUUCUUCUACAAUAAGAAGUUAAAACGCAUUGUGUUUUUCCCAUGCAGAGCAAUAAAUCCCCUUUAUACAUUAGAUUCUGGUGUUGGCAGUGACUUUGCCAUGGACGAAGAUGAUGACAGAUACUAAAUUCAUAAUACGUGUUUACAAACUUGAUCAUUACCUUUAUUAGUUUUCUUUGCCAUACAGAGGCAGAAAUGAGAACAUUUAAUUUCAUCUAUUACAUAAUUCUCUUAUUAUGUACAACGAUAUUCCCAAUUAUUAAUGACAGUUAGUGUUAAUUACGUCAUAUAUUUCUCUUUACAUGAAUGAUUGUUUCAUGAAUAUUGUCUAAUAGAAAAUCAUACGGUUUCGCUUCUUAGUUUGUUUUGCAUAGCAUUAAAAUGCAACUAUAAUCGACGGAAAACAAAUUUCUAGAACAGCAUUAUUUCUUUUGCGAGUUUGUAUAGCUUUCAUAUAUUACAUUAAACAUUAAUAUCCAAUAUCAUUUAAAUAAUGUAAAUCUGCUAUAUAUUAAUCAAAUUUCUGAGUCUAAGCAUUAUCUAGAUUUUGUUCGCUAGCAGAUGUAAAGUGUCGGAGUCGAUCUUGCAGAUAACAAAUUGAUCUGUUAAAUCUUUUUAAAAGUAAUUAACGUAAUUACGAUGAUGAAACUUGAACGAAUCUAAUUUCUCGUACUAUGACAUGGGAGUAAACAAUGAUUAGAGCAUUAUUACAUUUAAAAGUGCAGCAUUAGCUUCUGAACCCUAGUCAUUAUAUUUUUAAGUUAUAAAAGAUUUAUUAGCAUUGUUCGUCUCCUUUGCUAUAAAAAUCAGUCGUAUAACGCACUGAAUGUUUCGUUAAAUUUUUCGUACAAAACUACAUUUACAUUUUGUAUAUUACUUAGUUUUGAGAAGAUGAUUAACGCUCAAUCUAAGAUUUUAAACAAGCUGACGAAAUACUGCUUCGUGCAAUAUAAAUUUUAUAAUAGUACGAUGGAUUUUCAUCAGACUUCUAUAUAGAGAAUGAAAAAUUUAAUUUUACGUCGAUGCUAAAUAUAUACAUGUAUACAUAAUCUCACGAAUUUAAAAUCAGCCCUAUGCUCGAAUUAGAUCGCUAGGUUCCGAUUAAAAAAGGUGAUUUUCAGGUGAUUUGUAUAACUUAUGUAUAACAAUUUAGUUUUCUUAGAGCUACAUGUUUGUCCGUCAACAUUUGAAUAAAAUUCAUGAUUCAAACAA